CCGGCGCAUUUCCGUAACACCGCGAAGAAGCAACAGCCAGUGUCACCUGGUAGCUCCGAGUGUGAGUGGUAACACAGAAGAAAACUACUUCACACAGAGAAAGACGGAGGCUUUUACUGAUGCUGGGACGUCGCUGAGCGUUUCUUGACUUAAUUUUGUGUGUCCGCUGUGCCUCCGGUCCUCUCCUCCCCGGCUGACCAAUGCUUCUGCAUCAGUUCAUGAACGGAGCCCUGGAAGUCAUGCAUCCCACACCGCUGCAGAAAGACACUACUUUUACCAAGAUUUUUGUCGGGGGGCUGCCCUACCACACGAACGAUGCCUCUCUCCGAAAGUACUUCGAGGCCUUUGGGGACAUUGACGAGGCGGUGGUGAUAACGGACAGGCAGACCGGUAAAUCUAGAGGAUACGGAUUUGUGACAAUGACAGACCGAGGGGCAGCAGAGAGAGCCUGCAAAGACCCCAACCCUAUCAUCGACGGGAGGAAAGCCAACGUCAACCUGGCCUACCUGGGAGCCAAGCCCCGUAGCAUACAGACAGGCAUAUCCAUCGGAGUGCAACCCAUUCACCCGGCUCUUAUCCAGAGGCAGUAUGGGUUGGCCCAGCCGUAUGUCUACCCACAAGCCUUUGUUCAGCCCAGCCUGGUGCUGCCCACUCAGGUUUCCACCUCCGUCAGCACCAGCCCCUACCUGGACUACAGCGCCGCCUACACCCAGUAUGCCCAGGCCGCCUUUGAGCAGCAGUAUCCGUACGCCGCCUCCCCCGCCGGCUUCCUUGGCUACAGCUACGCCACCAGUCCCUCAGCGGCUGCCACCGCUGGUCCGGCCGCCGCCGCCACGGCCCCAGCCACCGUCCACCCCACGCUCCCCUCUGCUAGUGGCCCGGCCCCAGCUUUUCUGCACUACGCCCCCCAGCAGCACAUUCAGCCGGACCGUAUGCAGUGAUCAGAAAGGGAGAAGCAACAGCGAAAUGGAGGAGGAGGAGGACAGCAGCGGCGGCGAGGAGGAGAACCUUUGGACAGAGGAUGGUGACACUCCCUAUGGGGGAUUUCAGGAAAAAAGGGUGGGACUAUUGCACUAUAUGAUCAGGAUGGGCUGCCUGCUCAUUGCGUAAAGAUUUGGGAGGACUGUUGAGGAUCAGAUUGGGAAGCUAAACAGCAUAAAGUAUGUGGUCGCUUCCAAGGGCUUCCAGAAGCUGACACUUCAGUUUUUUACCAUUAUUAUUGUUAUUAUUAUUAUUAUUGUUUAUCUUUAUUAUUAUUAUUAUUAUUAUUAUUAUUAUUGUAUUAAUGUCAAUGUCAAAGUUUGUAUGCCAUUAUUAUCAAUGUUUUCGGCUCAAUCAGUGGAAGUUCUGUGUAUCUGUGGUUCAUACCAAUGUCUGGGACAACUAACGCCUCUUUCCUUCAGACUAUCUGGAGUGGAUAUGAAAGACACUGCUGCUUUAAGACACUGAUGGACAUUUAAAGAUGGGAACAUGUGAAGACAGCCCUCUACCAUUUAUCUGUGUCCCAUAUCCACGGUGAGGUAAAGUACUGUCCCAUGAACAAAACUCCCAAAGCUCCACAUGGGACACUGACACAGAGUGGGAUGUUUCAGUAUACAAAGCUGUGGGCGUUCUUUUGUUUUUUUUAGACUGCGAUGUCAAGACUGCAUCUUUUUUUAUUCAUUAAAGUAAAGAGGCCUUAAUAAAUAAACAAAAAAAUCUUUCUGAAUCUCCUGAUUUUUGAAGUGCUCGCUCCACCGUCACGACCCUCUGAACACAGCGUAGAGACGCGUCUGUUUGCAGCUGUCAGUCACACCAAUCCGGCUGGUCAUUUCAGACGGAUGUAGAUAAUCGCAUGCAGUACGUGGGAAAUGGGGACCAAGAGUGCUAUGUAUCGAUGUUGAAAGGUAGCCGACACUGAGCUCAAACACCAGUGUAUUUUCUUUUAUUGUCUUUUUCUUUUAUUCUUUUCACACUGUUCUUCAGAGAUUGUGACAAACUGUUUUUUUCUCCAAAGGACAUUCAUGUACAGCAUUUUAAAAAUGUUUGCAUUCAACAAGUACAUUUACAAUAUUUAUGUUAGGUAUUUAUAAGAGGUACUAAGUUAAAAUAGACUUUUUUUAUUACUGUGACUAUAGUUGUGGCACUGAUGUCAUUUACCCUGCAGAGGUCCAGUUCAUCUGCAGAUUCACAUUGUGUUUUAUUCAUUUUGUCCUGUCACCAUGUCAGUGGAUUUGCCUCGGUGUAUGGCAACAACAAUAGACACUCGUUUGUAGAUCCUUGACUGGUUGCAUCAGAAAUUGUCUAGAUUUUUUUCAAUGAAACUGUCUUUUACAGUCCCCUCAAGAAGCCAUAACAAAAAAAAAACUGAAAUAAAGAAUUUGUACAUAAAA